AUGUUAAUUCUUGAAGAAAGAGAUAUGCCAGAAAUACCUGGUGAACUAAUGCCAGAUCAUAUAGCUCAUGAAUUGAAGAAUCAAGUUGCAAGAUUAUUAAAUAGAAGAAAAUUAGAAUUUCCAGGAUCUCAACCAAUUAGUUUUGAAUCAAAUCAUAUUACUGAAAAUUUAAUUAAUCGUGAAUAUUUUGUUUGUGAAAAAUCAGAUGGUUUAAGAUGUUUAAUGCUUUGUAUAUUGGACCCUCUGGGUGAUGAAGCUGUUUUCCUAAUCACAAGAGAAAAUCAAUAUUUUAGAAUACCAAAUUUCCAUUUCCCAUUACCUGAAGAUGAAAAUAGUUGUCAUAAUGGUACUUUAAUAGAUGGUGAAUUAGUAAUAUCUAAAAAUCCAAAUGGUAUAAAAGAAUUAAGAUAUUUCAUGUUUGAUUGUUUAACAUUAAAUGGUCAAAAUAUUGUUAUGAAACCUUUACCCAAAAGAUUAGGUUAUUUAGGUGAAAAUUUUUAUAAACCAUAUUUCCAUUUAAGAUCAAAACAUCCAAAAGAAUGUGAAUCAUUUCCUUUUAAAUUAUCAUUGAAAAAUAUGCAACCAGCUUUUAAAUUACCUCAAGUUUUUGAAAGUUUAAAACAUUUAGGUCAUGUAUCUGAUGGAUUAAUUUUUACAAGUUGUGAAACCCCAUAUGUAUAUGGUACAGAUCCAACUUUAUUAAAAUGGAAACCAAGUGAAGAAAAUACAGUUGAUUUUAGAUUGCAUUUAAAUAUUCCAAUGUAUACAGAUGAAGACCUUGAUGAAAGAGAUCCAUAUCGUUCAUAUCCAAAUUAUGAAGUUAAACCAAAUUUUGAAUUAAUGAUUUGGGAAGGUAAACAGUCUUAUUCAAAUUUUGCAGAAUUAAUUAUAUCAGAUGAAGAAUGGGAAAAUUUAAAAAAUUUAAAUCAACCAUUAGAAGAAAGAGUUGUUGAAUGUAAUAAAGAUAAACAAGAUAAUUGGAAUUUAUUAAGAUUUAGAGAUGAUAAAUUAAAUGGGAAUCAUAUAUCAAUUGUGGAAAAAGUUUUAAAAAGUAUAAAAGAUGGUGUAACAAAAGAGGAAUUGAUUGCAAAUGCUGCAAAUAUUGAACAUGCUUCAAAACAACGAGAAUUUAAUAGAAAAUCAAGACAAGGAAGUUUCCAAAGACCUCCUUCAUCAUCACAACCCCAACAACGUCCACCACCACAGCAGCAGAAUCACAAUCAUAAUAACCACCAUGAUGAAGAAUAUCAACAAAGGAAAAGACCAUCAGAUGAAGAUGAUCAAUUACCAACUUAUGAAGAUGAAGAAGAUUCUGAUGAUAACGAAGAACAUGAAAAUAAAAAACAAAAAGUAUAA